AUGGCACCGCCCCCGAAGUCCAACACAGUCAUGUCCCUAGCCCGCCGGCCUCCUGCUACCUCCACGUCUGCUGCUUCUGCCACGGCGCCCACAGACAAGAAGCGAAGGGACCCCUUGCUCAAUGACCAACACACGUCGGGCACGGAUAGCCGUAGAAGUUCUAGAAAAGAUUAUAUGGCGGCUUCGCCUCGCUACCACGUCUCGACAUCUAAUUCGAAACGUUCUUCGCACACUUCUGUGUCCGAUUCUGAUCACGGAUCCCAGUGGACUCCCUCCAGCCAGGGUGAUGAUCAACCACUGCACCGGAGACAACCCCAUCGCCCACAGCAGCAUCAGCAGCAGCAGCAGCAGCAACCCCAACAGCAACAACAGAAACACCAACGACCUAACCGUAGUGCAGAAGACGACGCUCGCCGCUCCCGGGCGAGAACUCGUCAACAAUACAACCCUCGGGAGCCUAGCAAUAUAAGGUACCAGUCUAAGCCUAAAGUGACGUUGGUGCCCGAUAUUGAAGAGAACGACGACGACGAAGACGACGACGACGAGGAAGAGGAAGAAGAGAACGAAGGCGAAGAAGAUCACGGCGAAGGAACAGAAGAGGAGGACGAGGAAACUGAGGAGGAAGAAGAAGAAAACGAGGGCGCCCAUUCACGCCAACUCGCGGCAAGGCUUCGUUCCAGAUCCAGACUCCGCUCUCGUUCUAGGCUGAGCUCGAGGUCUAGACUCCGCUCAAGGUCUAGGGCUCGAUCUGUAUCAAGACCAGCGAGGCGACGAAACGACUGGUUUGAAGAGGACGAGACAGCCCUUCGAGCCCGCUCGCCGUCGCGGCUUCGAGCCCCCACAAUUCAACACCGGUUCUCCGACCUUCCCAUGCCUGAGGAUCCGCUGGCCGCUUACCCUCCCACUAGAAGAUCUUCUUGGAGGAGGGGUCACGGCUCGGACAUCGUCCAUGUUAAGCCGUCUGUUAGGAGAUCCAAUACACAUGGCGGACACCAUGCGGCUAGCUUCACCACAUCGCCCCCUCGCCGAUCCUCAUUCCUCGACUCGUACAUGCCCCGAUCGGCCAAGGGAUUCUACGAUAGACCCGAUAGGCUAGAAAACUGUGCUAUCUGCUUUGAUGAAUUGCCAGAGCGCAAGACCGCUAGGCUGAAAUGCCAGCACUGUGUGUGCUUCCCGUGCCUAAAGCGGAACUUCAAGUUAUCGGUCACAGAUUCUCAGUAUAUGCCGCCCAAGUGCUGCGAGGAAAUCAUACCGCUGAAGCAUGUGGACCACCUCUUCGACAAGGACUUUAAACAUGUUUGGAAUCAUAAGUUUGUAGAGCAUUCCACUCGGAACCGGCUGUACUGCCCGGCGCGAAAAUGCGGAGCGUGGAUCAAGCCGGAGCAGAUAUCGCGGGAGGGUAACCGUGCCAUGGGCAGAUGCGGACGCUGCAACACCAAGGUCUGCACAACUUGCAGAGGCAAAUGGCACGCAUCGCGGGAGUGCCCGCACGACGAGGCUACAAACCAGGCCCAUGAACAGGCCAAUGCGCAGGGCUGGCAGCAGUGCUACAGGUGCAGAGCGAUGGUUGAGCUGAAGGAGGGCUGUAACCACAUGACUUGCCGAUGUGGUGCCCAGUUCUGUAUGAUAUGCGGCGAACGAUGGAAAACCUGCGAAUGUGCAUUUUCCAGCAAUGAACCUGUAGAGGGCUACGACGACUAUCACUCCGUCCCCGUCCCAAUGCUAGCUCGGUCGGAGACCUUCCCAAUGACACCGACGCACCGAAAUGGAUCUAGGUUUAUCCCGCCGCUCACGGCCCCACCACUUGGGCGGCGAGGGGCCAGCGACCUGGAAUUGGAAGACGAGGUGCCGGUGGGGUAUUCGGCCCACUCCGUGUACGAACACCAUGACCGGGACCUGGCUUCAAGGUUUGACCGGAUCCCUGUUACGCCCGAUCGGCGCUAUCGCGAGCGCGAGCGCGAUCGCCUGCGCCCGCGGGACGUUUUUGGGUCGCGGGACAUGUUUGAGCCCGACUAUCACCAUGGGAUGAUGGAGGAGGACGAGCAGCAGCUGCGCCGCCACCACCAUCACCAUCACCCUCACCAUGAUGAUCAUGAAGAAGAAGUAGACGAAGAAGACGAUGAUGACGGCUACGACUAUGAUGACGAUGAUGACUAUAGAAGACCGCCUGGCGCUUUUGAAGAGAGCCUGGGUCUCAGUCCCAGAAGGAGGCGAAGGAAGGGCGGCGCAGACGAUUACAUGAGGGGGGCACUAUUGUGCCACCAGCGCCGCCAACAGUGCCCCAUGGUUAUGAACCGUCCGGGGUUGCACUAUCGCACAGCCAUGGCUUCGACCGAGGGGUGGCCAAGACGGCGGACUACGUUUCGGAAGUAA